AUGGCGAUGAUGGCAGCAUUUGCGGCUUCAACGCCUUUACCAUCAGAUUAUGUUAAAACCGAUUCUCGAAUGUUUUUCUCUUAUCACCCAGAGAACACUUCGUUCCAAAGAGGUUAUUUAGGAGUGGGAGUGUCAACAAUAUCUGGCACCCUUCAUAUCAGGUUUCCACAAGCGGUUGAAGCGAAAAAUAUUACAUUAAAUUUCACCGGAAGAGAAAUAGUUGAAUGGGUUGAUUUAAAAAAAGUUCGAGCGGAAAAAAUUAUUGAUAAUAAACAGAUAUAUCUAUGGCAAUCAUCAUCAGAAUUGGGACAUGAGUUGAUCACGGAUUUAGAUUUGCCUUUUGAAUUUGAAAUCCGAGAUGAUUUUAUUGGAUCAUUUAAUAGUCAAUUGGGUAAAGUACAAUAUACCCUUCGAGCCACCAUUAAUCGUAAACCUAGAAGAAAGAAACAUUCCGUUGAAGUAUUGGUACCUUUAUGUAGGUGGUCAAUUCCAAAACAAGAGGAGAUGAGACCCUUGGUGAUAAAGGCUCAUGCAAGGAAUCGUAAAGUUCCUUUAUCUUGGCAAGCCAUCUUACCUCAAACAUUUUUUGAUGUAAAUAGUGAAACUUUAGUGAAAUUAAGGUUGACCUCUCAUAAUCCUAACCUGCGUAUUCGCAAGAUUAGUGCCUGCGUAAAGACUUGUAUAAUUUAUUCCGUGGACGACCGUGGGGUCAUUCCUGUGCAACGUGAAAAGCGUCAUCAAAAACAUAUCAUCGCUGGUAAAGAUAUCUUGAUAACCCCGAUGGGUCCUGAUACGAUUUUCGAAGGAAAUGCUAUCGUAAAAGUUCCUUCAAAUAUCCCUCCUUCAGGAAAAACAAAGUUCAUGUGCGUCAAGAAUAAACUUCAAAUUAAAGUCACUUUUGAGAGAUCACGUCAUAGCGUGAUGAUCAUGAGAGAAAUUGUCAUCGGAAAAAAUUUCUUGGAUGAUAAAUCCGCUGCCGAUAUGAGAGAUUCCAUGGAUUAUUUCUCUGGCACUGAAUUCACUGAAGAUCAAUAA